GGAAAAACAGAGCCUGCCGACUGGUGGCAGACGGAGUAACGGAGAGGAGAGAAGUCCACGUAUUACCAUGAGGAGAUUUGGACUACAAAAACUUCAUGCCAAACCUCCAAAUCUUCGAGUUUAUUAAUAAGAGAGGUGGCUCUGUGAAGACUACGGUACGAUAAUGGGGAAGCGAUCAGUGGCACUGCUUGUACUGCUCCUGCAGCUCUACUCUGGCUGCACAGGAAGCCAAAGGUUUGCGAGGGCUGCCUCCAUGCAGUUCACCCACUCUGUUUACAAUGCCACCAUAUAUGAGAACUCUGCUGCUAAGACCUACUUGGAAAGUCACACCAAGAUGGGGAUUUACGUCGCAAACCCAACGUGGGAGAUACGGUACAAAAUCAUUUCUGGGGACAAUGAAAACUUGUUCAAAGCUGAGGACUACUUGCUGGGAGAUUUCAGUUUUUUGAGGAUAAGGACCAAAGGAGGCAGCACUGCCAUUCUCAACCGAGAGGUUAAAGACCACUAUAUGCUUACUGUCAAAGCUUCAGAGAGGAACACAAAUUUGGAGUGUCGCUCAAGAGUGAAGGUGCAGGUACUGGACACCAAUGAUCUGAGGCCUCUCUUCUCACCAACGUCCUACAGCAUCUCUCUGCCAGAGAACACGGCCAUUCGCACAAGCGUGGCAAAGGUGACGGCAACUGAUGCAGAUAUCGGUACGAACGGAGAGUACUACUACAGUUUCAGAGAGUGGACGGACAUGUUUGCUGUUCAUCCAACGAGCGGGGUGGUGACACUCACUGGCAAACUGGACUACUCCGAGACAAAGUUGUACGAGCUGGAGAUACUGGCCGUAGACAGGGGCAUGAAGUUGUACGGCAGCAGCGGCUUCAGCAGCAUGGCCAAACUUACUGUGCGGGUAGAGCAGGCCAAUGAGCAUGCACCUGUGAUCACCGCAGUAACCUUGGCACCCUCCGAUGCAGAUCAUGACCCCACAUAUGCCAUCGUGACAGUGGAGGACAAAGACCAGGGACCAAAUGGAGAAAUAUCGUCACUGAGUGUUGUGGCUGGUGACCCGCUGCAGCAAUUUAAAGCUGUGAGAAGCAGCCCUGGGAGCAAAGAGUAUAAAAUAAAAGCUGUUAAGGAUGUAGACUGGGACAGCCAGCCAUUUGGAUACAACCUCACCUUACAGGCCAAGGACAAGGGCACCCCACCUCAGUUUUCAUCUGCUAAACUGGUACACAUCACCUCUGCGGAGUUCCAAAAGGGCCCUCCAGUAUUUGAAAAAGCUGUCUACAGAGUCAAUCUGAGUGAAUUUGCCCCUCUUCACACACCUGUGGCUAUGGUGACAGCUGUGCCAAGUUAUCCCCUUCAGAAGUAUGCCUUUAAACACAGCUCUGACAAGAAUAGAUUUAGCAUUAAUGCAGAUACUGGUUUCAUUAGCACAGCAGGACCCAUCAAUGCUGAUAUUUUCUCGCAAUAUGAGCUAGAGGUGAUCACAACGGACAAAAAAGCAGCCACAAAAGUGAUUGUUGAUGUGAUUGAUGUGAAUAACAAUGUACCUGAGUUCCAGCAGACAUCUUACAAGGCCAGUGUUGAUGAGAACGUACCCACUGGGACCAGCGUUGUAACAGUGAGAGCCACUGAUCUAGACAAAGGGGAGAAUGGCUAUGUGACCUACAGCAUUACCAACCUCAGUCCUCAGCCCUUUGUCAUUGACUACUUUUCUGGUGUCAUUAGCAUUGCAGAGGUUCUGGAUUAUGAACUCAUGCCCAGGAUUUACAAUCUAAAAGUCCGGGCAUCCGACUGGGGAUCCCCUUUCCGAAGAGAAGUGGAGGCAUCAGUUACCAUCACUUUAAAUAACCUGAAUGACAAUAAGCCUUUGUUUGAAAACAUAGACUGUGAGGUCACUGUGCCAAGAGAUCACGGGGUGGGAGAGCAGAUUACAACAGCUUCUGCCAUAGAUGCUGAUGAACUGCAGCUCGUGCGGUACUACAUUAAAUCUGGGAAUGAUCUUGAUCUGUUUGAAAUGAACCCAAACUCAGGUCUGCUGUCGCUGAAGCGCACACUGAGCGAAGGGGAAGCAGCUAAAGUGUCGUUUCAUAGUUUACAAGUUGUAGCAACUGAUGGUGAGCAUGAGACACAGCCAAUGAGUAUGAACAUAACUGUCAUUACGGCACGCAAGCCCGUCCAGGUGAAAUGUGUGGAAACCGGUGUUGCCACCAUGCUGGCUGAGAAGCUACUCCAAGGAAGCAAAAUCCAUACCCAAACUGAGCCAGAAGAUAACUUUGUAGACAUUUACUCAGUCAAUCGGUACUCCCCUCAGUUUGAUGACUCUUUCCCAAGUUUUGUUGAAGUUAAAGAGGACCUCCCUGUUGGGGCUCGGAUUGUCCAUUUAGGUGCUACAGACCCAGACAAUGGAUUCAAUGGGAAAUUAGUGUAUGUUAUUUCAGGAGGAGACACAGAAAGCCGCUUUAUCAUUGACAUGGAAAGUGGUUGGCUCUUGGUUUAUUCUCCACUUGACCGUGAAACCAUAGACCACUACACCCUCAACAUUACUGUUUACGAUCUCGGGAUACCACAGAAAUCCUCCUCACGUCUGUUGGAUGUGAGAAUCCUGGACGCCAAUGAUAACAGCCCUCAGUUUUUGCAGGGUUCCUACUCAGUUGAAAUAAGUGAGAGCACACCAGUUGGGACGGAAAUUAUCCAGGUGGACUCGUCAGAUAAGGAUGAAGGGGAUAAUGGAAUUGUCAAGUACUCAAUUUUAGGAGGCACAGAUCAUUUUGUCAUCAAUGAACUAACCGGAGUAGUGACGGUGACAAAGCCGUUGGAUCGGGAGCGCUAUCCGUUUUAUGUUUUAAAGAUCGCAGCACGAGACCAGGCAGUGAGCGAGCCUCAGUUAGUGUCCACAGUGCCGCUUAAAAUCACCCUGGAAGAUGGGAACGAUAAUCCUCCUAAAUUUGUUCCCCCUAAUUACCGUGUGAAAGUGAGGGAGGACCUUCCUAUUGGUACUGUAAUCAUGUGGCUAGAAGCACAUGACCCUGACGUCGGGCCUUCCAGUCAAGUACGGUACAGCCUGAUUGAUAAUGGAGAAGGACGUUUUGAAGUGGACAAACUCAGCGGAGCUCUUCGGAUUGUCCAGAAUCUGGACUAUGAGACCAAACAGGUGUUUAACUUGACAGCAAAGGCUAAAGACAAAGGAAAGCCGAUAUCUUUGUCUACCACCUGCUUCAUUGAGGUGGUGGUGGUGGAUGUGAAUGAGAACCUCCACAGGCCUUUCUUUCGGUCGUUUGUGGAAAAAGGAGUUAUAAAAGAGGAUGCCCUCAUUGGGACUUCUGUGAUAACAGUUUCAGCUGAAGAUGAGGACUCAGGACAAGAUGGAGAGAUUCGGUACUCCAUAAGGGAUGGAUCUGGCUUAGGAACCUUUUCCAUUGAUGAAGAAACUGGUGUUAUUCGAACACAAGAACUGCUGGAUCAUGAGACGACCCCUCACUACUGGCUAACAGUCUAUGCAGUGGAUCGUGGCGUGGUGCCCCUCUCGGCUUUCGUUGAGGUCUACAUUGAAGUCCAGGAUGUCAACGACAAUGCACCGCAAACGUCCGAACCCGUGUACUACCCCUCUGUCAUGGAGAACUCCCCGAAAGAUGUGUCAAUCAUCCAGAUCAACGCAGCUGAUCCUGAUUCGAAGGCCAGUGAUAAACUCAGCUACAGGAUCACCAGUGGGAAUCCGCAGGGCUUCUUUGCCAUCAACACCAAGACGGGUCUUGUUACCACCACUUCAAGGAAACUUGACAGGGAACAACAGGAUGAGCACAUACUUGAGAUAACCAUUACCGACCACGGUGUUCCUCCCAAAUCCACCACCGUCCGGGUCAUCGUUCAGGUCCUUGAUGAGAAUGACAACAGGCCGCUGUUUCUGGAGAAGAUCUACAAGAUUCAACUGCCCGAGCGGGAGAGACCCGAGAGAGAGCGAGCCACUAAGAGAGACCCGGUGUAUCGGGUGAUUGCGUCAGACCGCGACGAAGGCCCGAAUGCUGAAAUCUCCUAUAGUAUCGAAGAAGGAGACGAACAUGGCAAGUUUUUUAUUGAGCCCAAGACCGGUCUGGUGUCAUCCAAGAAGUUCUCCUCUGCUGAAGAAUAUGACAUUCUUACGAUUAAAGCUGUCGACAACGGACGUCCUCAGAAGUCAUCUACUUGCCGCCUGCACAUCGAGUGGAUUCGCAAACCAGUGGUGCCAGCUGAUGCAGCUCCCCUGCGCUUUGAGGAAUUUCCCUUCUCCUUUUCGGUUAUGGAAAGUGAUCCAGUGGCACAUAUGGUGGGCGUUGUUGCCACUGAGUCCUCGGAUGUUCAUGUGUGGUUCGAAAUCACAGACGGCAGUGAGGAUUCUGAGAUGUUUUACAUCCUUCAGAUGGCUUGUGACCACAACUGUACAGCAGAAGGUGGCAAUUAUGACAGCCGCUUUGACGUGGGCAAGGCCAGUGGAACCUUGAUUGUUGCACGGCCCCUGGACACAGAGCAGAAAUCAAAUUACAACCUGACAGUGGAAGCUACAGAUGGGACACGAACUGUCAGCACUCAGGUGCUGAUCCGGGUCAUUGACACCAACAACCACCGGCCGCAGUUCUCCCAGCAGGUGUAUGUUGUGAACGUCCCUGAGGAUGAACCAGCAGGCACUGAGGUCCUGCAGAUCAGCGCUCUGGACAGGGAUGAGAAAAACAAACUGACCUACACGCUCCUGAGCAGCACUGAUCCCUUCAGCCUACGGAAGUUCCGGCUGGACCCAGGAACGGGCACUCUGUACACCACAGAGCAUCUGGAUCAUGAGACAAUGCAUCGUCACAUCCUCACUGUAAUGGUUCGGGAUCAGGACAUUCCAGUCAAAAGGAAUCUUGUUCGUGUUAUUGUUGACGUAGAUGACACCAACGACAAUGCACCUUGGUUCAUAGGGACACCCUACUCUGGCCGUGUGUUUGAAUCAGCUGCCAUCGGCUCAGCUGUGCUGCAGGUUACUGCUCUUGACAAAGACAAGGGCUAUAAUGCCGAAGUCAUUUACAGCAUUGAUUCUGGAAACAUUGGGAACUCUUUUGCCAUUGAUCCUGUCCUUGGAACAAUCACAGUGGCCAAAGAGCUUGAAUGCAACAGCAAAUCAUCAUUUGAACUCAUUGUUAAAGCCUCUGAUAACGGAGCACCGCCAUUGUCCUCAACGGUCACUGUAAACAUCGAGGUAACGGUUUCUGACAAUGCAGCCCCCAGAUUCACUGAAAAGGAGUUCUCUGCAGAGGUCAGCGAAUUAGCCCCCCCAGGAAGUUUUGUGAGCAUGGUCACAGCCGUUAGCCAGUCUUCUGUUUUCUACCAGAUAAAAGGAGGCAACAUCAACAAUGCUUUUGACAUCAACCCAAACUCAGGAGUGGUUGUAACCCAGCAACCUUUAGAUUAUGAGACCACGUCUGAAUACAAGCUCAUCGUACAGGGCACCAACAUGGCUGGACUUGCUACUAACACAACAUUUCUGAUCCAUCUGAAGGAUGAAAACGACAAUGCUCCAGUCUUCACUCAGAGGGAAUUCAAGGGAAUAAUCAGUGAGCUGGCCUCCAUCAACAGUGUUGUUCUGACUCAUGAAAACACUCCUUUUGUCAUUCAUGCCUCUGAUGCUGAUUGUGACCAGAAUGCCAGACUCAUUUAUCAAAUCGUUGAACCUUUUGCUCAUAACUAUUUCGCCAUUGACUCAAGCACUGGAGCCAUCAGAACCACAACAGCAUUGGAUUACGAACAGAAGAGCGUUUUCCGCUUCACAGUUCAGGUUCACGAUCUCGGAAUGCCUCGCUUGUUUGCAGAGACGCCGGCUAAUGUGACCAUCGAAGUAAUUGAUGUUAACGACUGCUCACCUGUUUUCAGCCAAGAACUCUAUGAGGCAGCCGUCAUUGUGCCAACGUACAAAGGGGUAGAGGUAAUUCAAGUCAAUGCCACAGACUUAGACUCUGGGCCUAAAUCCAAACUGCUUUUCUCAAUCUCUGAGGGAAAUAUUGGUGACAAGUUUAAAAUCGAUCCAGUCACGGGCAUUAUCUCCAUUCAGAACGUCACACAACUUAGGAGCAGAUACGAAUUAAAGGUCAGAGUUUCUGAUGGUAGAUUUGCCAGUGCAGCUACAGUAAAGGUCACUGUAAAGGAAAACAAGGAAAACAAGAGAAAGUUCACUCAGGAGACAUACCAAGCCUACAUUCAAGAGAACUCUUCUGACAAGAAAACCCUAGCAGUUAUUGCUGCUGUUGGGAACCAAGUGAAUGAGCCUUUAUUUUACAGAAUAUUAAACCCUGACAACAAGUUUAAAGUCAGCAGCACUGCUGGAGUUGUGUCAACCACUGGGAUUCCGUUUGAUCGGGAAGCACAGGACACAUAUGAUAUUAUUGUCGAAAUCACUGAAGAGAAGAAAUCUGAUGACGCUGCUCAUAUUUUAGUUACUGUUAACGUGGAAGAUGUAAAUGACAACAAACCAUUGUUUGUCAACCUCCCCUAUCAUGCCCUCGUCCAAAUGAACGCUGAGGAAGGUCAUGUCAUCCGACAGGUCACAGCAGUGGACAAAGACAUCGGCCCAAAUGCACACAUCCAUUACUCUCUAAAGGAGCCUGAGGAUCACUUUGAAAUCAGCCCAUCUGGAGAAAUCCUGCUCAAAAAGAAGUUUGAGAAAGACUCACUUGACACAAAGUUUGUUCUAGUUGUUGUGGCGAAGGAUAAUGGGAAACCACCUCUCUCAGCAGAAGUUGAAGUGCCGGUAACAGUAGUGAACAAAGCAAUGCCUGUGUUUGAGAGGCCUUUUUACAGCAUUGAAAUCCCUGAAAACAUUCAGCUGCACUCCCCUGUUCUCCAUGUGCAAGCCAGUGACUCUGAGGGGCCUCGCAUUGUGUACACCAUUUCUGAAGGAGACCCUUUCAAACAGUUCUCGAUUGAUUUUAACACAGGGGUCAUUCAUGUGAUUCAGCCUUUGGACUUUGAGGCACAUCCUGCUUAUAAGUUAAACAUAAGGGCCACAGACUCUCUGACUGGGGCUCACUCUGAGGUGUUUGUCGAUAUCAUACUGGAAGAUGUAAAUGAUAACGCCCCUGUGUUUCUGUCAAAUUCCUACUAUGCCAAUAUAUCUGAGGCUUCUGUUAUUGGCACAUCGGUUUUGCAGGUGGUUGCCAGAGAUUCUGACAUGGGAAAUAACAAGGAAGUAUUUUAUCAGCUAGUUGAGGAAAGGGGAAAGAGCUCAGACUUUUUUACCAUUGACCGUGACUCUGGAAUAAUCUCCACAGCUCAAGUUCUCGAUCAUGAAGAAGUCCAGCAACACAAGUUGAGAGUCAGGGCAGUGGACGGUGGCGUCCCAGCUCUGACGAGUGACAUCACUGUGACAGUAGAUGUUACAGACCUGAAUGACAAUGCUCCUGUUUUUACUGAGCACACUUACGAAACCACUAUCAGUGAAUUAGCCCCACGCGGGCACUUUGUCAGCCAAGUCAAAGCUUUUGACGCUGACAGCUCAGAUGUAAACAAGCUGGAGUUCUCGAUUAUAUCUGGAAACGAGGAGCAGAACUUUGCCAUCAACAAACAAACUGGUUCCAUUGUUAUUUCAAACCAUCGCCGGCCACAUAUGCAGCCUUUUUACAAUCUUAGCAUAUCAGUGUCAGAUGGUGUAUUUAGAAACUCAGCCGUCGUCAUGGUGACAGUUAUCGGAGCCAACUUCCACAACCCUACCUUCUCCCAGACUGAGUAUUUGGUUGAAGUUGUUGAGAACUCACCUGUUGGCACCCUAGUAGCAGAAGCAGAGGCAACAGAUGAUGAUGAAGGGAUCUAUGGCCAGAUUACAUACCACAUAGUCAACGACUUCGCCAAAGACAAAUUUUCUAUCAAUGGAAAAGGAGAGAUUUUCACUCUUGAAACCCUUGAUCGUGAAAACCCAGUUGAGAAGGUCAUUCCAAUUUCUCUGAUAGCUAAAGAUGGUGGCGGAAAAGUAGGAUUUUGUGUCGUCAACGUAAUUGUCACAGAUGCAAAUGACAACUCUCCACAGUUCAGGGCAUUUGAGUACAAGGCCACCAUUGCAUCAGAUGUCCCAAGAGGAACAUCUGUGCUCAAAAUUGCCGCUUCGGACAUGGAUGAGGGAAGUAAUGCUGACAUAGAGUACUCAAUUGAAGCAGAUGUUGAAAAUGUGGGGGAAAACUUUGAAAUCCACAAAACCUCUGGGGUCAUUGUUACCAAAGAAAGCCUUAUUGGACUUGAAAAUGAGCUCUAUGCAUUCUUCGUAAGGGCUAAGGACACUGGGAAUCCACCCAGACAUUCAGUUGUCCAGGUUUACAUCAGGAUUGUCUCAUCAGAGACCCCACUUCCUAGGUUUGCAGAAACGUUUUAUAGGUAUACUGUUGCUGAGGACCUUACUAUUGGAACAGUGAUAGAUAUAAUUCAGGCAGAGAGUAGACAGUCAGUUGUUUACAGCCUUGCAAGAGGCAGCACGCCAGAAAGCAAUGCGGAUGAAGUGUUUGUUGUAAACAGAGAUACUGGAGCCUUGAAGCUUGAGAAGAGACUCGAUCAUGAGAUGACCAAAUGGUACCAACUGAUUCUACUUGCUCAAACUAAACAUGAGAAUUAUGAAAUAGUUGCUUCAGUUAAUGUAAAUAUCCAAGUGAAAGAUGUCAAUGAUAACAAACCAAUCUUUGAAGCAGAACCCUAUGAGGCUGUCACAGUUGAGAACCUCCCAAGUGGGACUCAGGUCAUUCAAGUCAAAGCCACUGACCUCGACUCCGGAACCAACGGCCACAUUGUCUACAGCCUGGACCUCAGACAAACCUCACAGGAGAUCUUUGAGCUGUUCGCUGUUAACAGUGAAACAGGAUGGGUGACCACCUUGAAGGACCUUGACCGUGAAAAAACAGAAAAGUACGUUAUCUCUGUCCUUGCCACUGACCAAGGCGACAUGGUCCAGCACGUUACCGGCACCAGUGUGGAGGUGAUGGUGGCCGACGUGAACGACAACUCGCCCCGAUUCACUGCAGAGAUCUACAAGGGAACGGUCAGUGAGGAUGACCCCCCACCCAGUGGGGUGAUCGCCAUCCUCAGCACCACAGAUGAGGAUUCUGAAGACUUGAACAAACAAGUGAACUACUUCAUCACAGGAGGGGACCCACUUGGCCAAUUUGCCAUUGAACACCUCCAGAAUGAGUGGAAGGUCUCUGUCAGAAAGCCCUUAGACCGUGAGGUGACAGACAACUACCUCCUUAACAUCACUGCCAGUGAUGGCAUCUUCACCGCUAAAGCUGUUGUGGAAGUCAAAGUGUUGGAUGCCAAUGAUAACGACCCAGUAUGCGAGAAGUCCAUCUACAGUGAAAGCGUCCCAGAGGACUCCCUGGCUGGCAGGCUCAUCUUGCAGGUCUCUGCCACAGAUGCUGACAUCCGCUCAAACGCCCAAAUCUCUUAUGAACUCCAGGGAGCUGGAUCGGAAUUGUUCAUCAUUGACUCAGACACAGGGGAAUUGAAAACCUUUCAGCCCCUUGACAGAGAGGAGCAAGAUGAACACAGGUUCAGAGUGCGGGCAGUGGAUGGAGGAGGGCGAUACUGCGAAGCCGAAAUCCACAUCACUGUGGAGGACAUCAACGACAACCUACCACAGUUUUCAUCCAAGUCUUACUCCAUCACGGUGUUUGAGAACACAGAGACUGGCACAUUUGUUGGAAAACUGCUGGCGAAUGAUAUUGAUGCAGGUCUUAACAGUGACAUCGUCUACUCCUUGGCUGACUCUGCUGAUGGAUUCUUCUCUAUCAAUGAGCAAACUGGUGUGAUAACCCUGGAGCGCCCCCUGGACCGCGAGCUGCAAUCCGUAUACGAGCUGAAGGCCCGCGCUAGCGACCACGGCUCUCCACGUUAUUCCUCGCUGUGUGAAGUGGUGGUCUCGGUGCUGGACAUAAAUGACAACCCACCAGUGUUCGAGCACCGCGAAUACACAGCCAGCCUGUCCGAGGACGUGGCGGUGGGCACCCAGGUUGUAAGAGUGCAGGCUGCCAGCCGCGACGCAGAUGCUAACGGAGAGAUUUCCUACAGCAUCAUCAGUGGGAAUGAACAUGGCAUGUUCAGUGUGGACCCCCACACAGGUGACGUAUUUGUGAUUGAAGCCUUGGACUAUGAGGUUUCCCAUGAAUACUACAUCACCGUAGAGGCCACAGAUGGGGGCUCUCCACCGCUCAGUGACAUUGCUUCUGUGAACAUCAACCUUACUGAUGUAAAUGACAACAAGCCGGUCUUCAGCCAGGAGAUCUACACUACCGUCAUCAGCGAGGAUGCCGAGCUAGGGAAGACCGUUUUAACAGUGAUGGCCGAGGAUUCUGAUGGACCCUCCUACAAUCACAUCCAUUACUCCAUUGUGGACGGCAAUCAAGGCAGCCCUUUCACCAUGGAUCCGCUCCGAGGGGAACUUAAAGUUGCUCGCCAGCUGGACAGAGAGAGAACAUCUGGGUACAUGCUGAAGGUGGUUGCCACGGACAAUGGUGUGCCUCCUCUUUCCAGCAGCGCCAUAAUCAACAUCGACAUCUCAGAUGUCAAUGAUAACCCACCCCUUUUCUCCCAGGCCAACUACAGCCUCAUCAUCCAGGAGAAUCGACCAAAAGGCACAAGUAUUCUUCAGCUCACUGUAAGCGAUCGAGACGCUUCACACAACGGCCCACCUUUCACCUUCACUAUUGUGGACGGGAAUGAGGGCGGUGCUUUCCACAUCAACCAGCAGGGAGUUGUUGUGACAAUGGGGGUGCUGAGCAGGAAAACUAAAGAACACUACCUACUUCAAGCACAGGUGUCAGAUAAUGGCAAGCCUCAGCUCUUCUCCACUGCCUUCAUCAGCGUGCAUAUCAUUGAGGAGAGCAUUUAUCCCCCAGCAGUACUUCCACUGGACAUUUAUGUCUCUGUUGCUGGCGAUGAAUACCCUGGGGGCGUUUUAGGAAAGAUCCACGCCACUGACCAGGACAUCUACGACACCCUCACCUACAGCCUCGCUCCUUCAGCUUCCUCAUCUGUGGAUGAGAGCGGAGCUUUGUUUUCAGUGUCGGCCUCAGAUGGCAAAAUCAUCGCCCUGCGGCCACUCGACGUCGGCCACUACCCUCUAAAUGUGACGGUGACUGACGGGCGCUUCACAACUCCCGCAGACGUCAAUGUGCACAUUCAUCAAGCAGCUCGUCAGGCCCUGGACAACUCCAUCGCGGUGCGCUUUGGAAACAUCGCUCCAGAGGAGUUUGUUGGGGACUACUGGCGUAACUUCCAGCGAGCACUCAGGAACAUCGCUGGGGUUAGGAGGAGUGAGGUUCAUUUAGUGAGCAUUCAGCCUGAGCAAGGAGAUCUAGACGUCCUCUUGACUCUGGAGAGGUCUGGCAGCCCGUACCAAUCCCAGGAGGUUGUCUUCCGCAAGCUGAACUCCUCUGCGGCUGUGAUCGAGGAGAUGAUCGGGGUCCGCAUCGUUCGUGUGCUUCAGAAGCUGUGUGCAGGUCUGGAUUGUCCGCUGCACUUCUGCGACGAGGUUGUCUCCCUGGAUAAAAGCGCCAUGUCAACCUACAGCACUGCCCGCCUGAGCUUUGUCACAUCACGGCAUGUGAGGACCGCCACCUGCCAGUGUGACGGUGGCAGGUGCCCUGUGCUGAACAGCCUGUGUGAAAACAACCCCUGUCCAGAGGGGAUGGACUGUGUGGCAGACCCUAGAGAUACUGUUUAUAGCUGUGUGUGUCCUGAGGGCAAGAAGGGCAAAUGCUCUGAUGGCCACUCACUGACAUUCAGUGGAAAUGGUUAUGUGAAGUACCGUCUGAUGGAGAAUGACAACAAGGAGCUGAUGAAACUGUCUCUCAGGCUCAGGACCUUCUCUAGCCAUGCCACUGUCAUGUAUGCUAAAGGGACAGACUAUAGCAUCCUUGAGAUUGUAAAUGGACGCCUGCAGUACAAAUUUGACUGCGGCAGCGGCCCCGGCCUGGUGUCAGUGCACAGCGCUCAAGUUAACGACGGGGAGUGGCACUCUGUUUCUCUGGAGGUGGAUGGUAAUUAUGCCAAACUGGUACUGGACCGGGUGCACGCCGCCUCGGGCACAGCUCCAGGCACUCUGCGCACUCUCAACCUCGACAACAACAUUUACUUCGGCGGACACCUCCGCCAGCUCUCCACCCAGCGCCUCGGCCGCAGCCUGCCUGUCACCAAUGGGCUGCGUGGCUGCAUGGAGGCCAUCGCUCUGAACGGCCAAGAGCUGCCUCUCAACACCAGAGCUCAGCGGGCCCACGCGGUGCUGGAAGACAUCGUGGAUGUGGCACCAGGCUGUGCACUCGCACCUGCUGAGAGUUGUUCCAGCAACCCCUGCACCAACGGAGGGAGCUGCGUAUCUUCGCCUAAUGGAGGCUACUUCUGCAAGUGUCCUGCAUCUUUCAUGGGCACACACUGUGAGAUUGCAAUAAGUCCUUGUGCCUCCAACCCCUGCCUGUACGGUGGCACCUGUGUACCUCGUGCAGAUGACUUCUACUGCCAGUGCAGAGGGCAGUACUCAGGACAGAGGUGCCAAUUAGGGCCGUACUGCAGAGACAACCCCUGCAAAAACAGUGGAAAGUGUAUCGACAGCCUGGAUGGUCCUGUGUGUGAGUGUGAAGCUGGAUUCCAAGGAGACAGGUGCCUGAGUGAUGUUGAUGAGUGCAUCAAAAACCCAUGCACCAACGGAGGCCAGUGCCAAAACACAUACGGUUCUUUUAAGUGUAACUGCUCACUGGGUUUCCAUGGACAGAUUUGUGAACACCCAGCAGAGGUCCAGAAUCAGUUUGUCUCUACCUCCUGGAACAUCGGGCUAGAGGAGGCGAUCGGCAUUGUGGUUUUCGUGUUCUGCAUCUUCAUACUGGUCCUUCUCUUCAUCAUCAUCCGCAAAAGAGCCUGUUGCAGAAAGUCAAAAACAGGCAACGACGACAAACACCCUGGGGGUUCCAGCAUGCCUCACUCCUUUCUCCAGAGGCCUUACUUUGACUCCAAACUCAACAAGAACAUCUACUCUGACAUCCCUCCUCAGGUGCCUGUGCGUCCCAUCUCCUACACUCCCAGCAUUCCCAGUGACUCGCGGAACAACUUAGACAGAAACUCGUUCGAAGGCUCAACCAUCCCAGAGCACCCAGAGUUCACCACAUUCAACCCAGAUUCUGUUCAUGGACACCGUAAAACCGUUGCUGUCUGCAGCGUGGCACCCAAUCUCCCCCCUCCUCCCCCGUCCAACUCGGUCUCAGAUAGUGACUCCAUACAGAAGCCCAACUGGGACUAUGAUUAUGACACUAAAGUGGUGGACUUAGACUCCUGCCUGACCAAGAAGCCUGUGGAGGAGAGCGCCUGCCAGCUGUACAACACCAGAGGCAGCAUGUCCGAGGUCCACUCCCUCAGCUCCUUCCAGUCAGAGUCAUGCGACGACAACGAGUCUUUUUUGGCUCAUGAUCUCAAGAACCCAAGAGGAUAUCACUGGGACACAUCUGAUUGGAUGCCAAGUGUUCAACUUCCUGGAAUCCAGGAGUUUCCGCAUUAUGAGGUUGUGGAGACUCCUGCGCCUCAGUACAAUGAUCCGAGUGCCAUAGACACCGACUACUAUCCCGGUGGCUUUGACAUCGAGAGUGAUUUUCCUCCACCGCCAGAGGAUUUCCCUGCAAACGACGACCUCCCACCGCCACCUCUGCCAGAGUACACCGAUCGCUGUGACACACUGCGUUCCCUGAACCGAUCCUUGGAGAAGCCCAGCCCGGGAAGCUCCAGCUCGAUCCACCAGCGCCCUGGCCUGCCCAAGCUCUACAGCCUGAACCAGUACCUGCCGCAUCACUCCUACCCAAGUGACGGUGGUGACACUGAGGGCCAGGGCACUUCCUCCACCUCUGCUACCAUCACCCCAGCUUCCACCAUGGGCAACAACGGUUACAGAGGGGGGUAUGCCUUAGGUUGCAGCCGGGACUUUGACUCCUCAGCUCUAGACAGCAUGUCCAUGUCUCUGUACACAUCCACGGCCUCCUGCUCAGACAUGUCGGCAUGCUGCGAGGAGUCUGAGGUGAUGAUAAGCGACUACGAGAGCAGCGAGGAGGGACACUUUGAACAGCUGACCAUCCCGAUGCUGAAUUCCCAACAGCACACUGAAGUCUGACACUGGAUCCAAACAAAAGUGCCUGAACCCACAGCUACUUUCAUUGGUAGGCCCUGACACAACACUAAAAAUGCACAGUAUGUGGAAACAUAGAAGAGCACCACGCACAUACCUGUCAUGCAAAAGAAUUGACAGUAGUUGUAAAGGGCCGGGGUGCUUGUCAUUCACCCCUUUGCCAUUUUGUACCUUUCUGGAUUUGGUCAUUUCGUAGGACAAUGUGUUAUUUGGUCUCGGCUAGGGGGACAGUUCAUGCCACUUAAACGGCAAAUGAUUUAAAGUAAUUUUCUAUAAGCUGCUGAUAUUCUACUAUAGGGAAAUGGGAAUAUAUGACUCCAGUAAAUAAUAUCCACCACCAGCAGAUUGCUUAAAGUGGAACUAAACCCCAAAUCAACUUUUUUUGCAGAUAAACUGUAUAAACUGGGCCUUAGGUGGGGUAUCUUUAUGUUACUGUGCUAUU